UUCAUUUUAUAUAAUUCUAAUGCGAGUACAAUCUGCCAUAUCAAGUAAAAGUAAGCAAAACAAAGGAUCUGAAAUACAUGCUAGGCUUAUCUAGAUGAUCUUUCCAGAAUGUUGGGCAACAUAAGAGGUGGCCCAAUUUGCUGCUCUAUUCGUCUUCCGAUACAUAUGAGCUAUCUGAUAGAAGGUCAACUUCCGCACCAAUCUGCGUGUGCCUGUAUCAAUGAGUAGCCAUCCUCAUAUUUGUCUGCUCUCCGAAUUCAAUCAAUUGUAAUGAAUAAGCCAUUCUCGAGAAAUAGACCGCCGGCCUUCAACAUCCGUUUCCCAUAAUACUUUUUCAGGCUGCCCACAACCCUAUUCUCACUGCAGUCAGUCCUUUGGAUGCCGCCUAUCUCGCCUCGGACAAAAAUCCAGCUUCCCCUCCCCACUGCCUCUCCCUUCUUUUCGUCCGGCUCAGCUCCUAAAUGACUUGACUUCGACAAUGUCCGUCCAUUAUCUGCUUCCUUUCGUGCUUGCUUUACUGCUCGAGCUAGUUCUCCGGGCUCCGUGGUGCUCGGCCACCUCGGCGUCUCUGGUGGGCGUCAACUACGGCCGGGUCGCCAACAAUUUACCCUCGCUGGAGAUGGUGCCCCGCCUCGUCUCCUCCAUCGGCAUCGGCCGCGUGCGCCUCUACGACGCCGACCCCGCCACCAUCCGUGCCUUUGCCAGCACCGGCAUUGAGCUCGUCGUCGAAAUCCCCGACAGCAGCCUCCCUAAAGUCGCCGCCGACGCCGGCGAGGCCCUGACCUGGGUCCAGUCCAACAUCCAGGCCUACCUCCCGGCAGUCAAGAUCGGCUUCCUCACCGUCGGCAACGAGGUCCUCACCAGCAACAACACCGCCCUCCCCCCCUUACUCCUCCCGGCCAUGGACAACCUCCACUCCGCCCUCGCCUCCCUCGGCCUCGACCGCCAGAUCGCCGUCACGACCACCCACUCCCUCGCCAUCCUCGGCGACUCCUACCCGCCCUCCACCGCCGCCUUCCGCCCCGACCUCCUCCCCCUCGUCUCCCCCAUCCUCGCCUUCCACGCCCGCACCGGCUCCCCCUUUUUCGUCAACGCGUACCCGUACUUCGCUUACAAGAAGGACCCCUCCCGCGUUGCCCUCGACUACGCCCUCCUCCAGCCAGGCGCCGCCGCCGUCGCCGACCAGGGGUCCGGCCUCCGGUACUCCAAUCUCCUCCACGCCCAGGUCGACGCCGUCUACCACGCCAUCGCCGCCGCCGGCACGACGAAAGGGGUCGAGGUGAGAGUCUCUGAGACCGGGUGGCCGUCGGCCGGCGACGCCGACGAGGCGGGGGCGACGGCGGAGAACGCGGCCAAGUACAACGGGAAUUUGAUGAAGCUGGUGGCGGAGGGGAAGGGGACGCCCCUCGUGCCGAAGGUGCCGCUGUGGGCGUACGUGUUUGCGCUCUUCAACGAGAACCUGAAGCCCGGCCCGGCGUCGGAGAGGAACUACGGGCUGUUCAAGCCCGACGGGACGCCGGCGUACCAGCUUGGCUUCACGCUCGACAACUCCACCAUCGGCGGCGGCGGCGGCGGCGGCCGCGGAGGAGUUGGUGGCGGUGUUGGUGGUGGUUAUGACUCGAGCGGGGACUUCUCCGGCGCGUCGUCAUCCGGUUAUUACGGCAUUUCGGCAGUGGCGACGGACGAGUGGCUGUGGCGAAGAAGUGUGGAUGCUGUGAUGGCUAGCAUCCUAUUUUUGUUAUUGAAAUUAUUCUAGCGUGUAAAAAAGUGUAAUAAUUUUUUUCAGUUCUUGUGUAUGUUCGUAAGAUGUUGUAAUUGAUGGUCGGUUGGUGAUGGUCAGUCAGUGGCAAGCGGACGAGAAAUCUUGUUAUAAUUAGAUGGAUCAAAAUUCUUUGUGGCGCGACUUUUGCACCAUAGAAAUUUGGAUCAUCAUAGAUGGCUGUCACAUUGUACAUAUUAGGGCCAGAUGAUUUUUCGUCGUCUUCAUGAUGCACUAUGUACCAUAUUUUUAGUACCUGUCGGAUUUCAAUAAUGAACGAGAGCCAUUCAUUUUCGAGAUA